CCCCCCCCCCUUUCUUCCCCGACCUGUCCUUUCUGUACAAAAUUCAAGGGAAUUUCCAUGAACCAAAGAUACCUCCUUAGCAGUGAUUUCAGGGCUAACAGCAACAGUGGAAGCCAAACUAGGUGUUAGCUUAGGCAUGAGUCUGGCCAUCCCAGUUGCUUGCUAGAGGUGCAGUUUUCAAACCUAUUUUUCCCCAUUGUCUGGAAAUGCCCAGUCAUACCUCCAUUUGAGACCAAUGAAGAGGCAGCUAAGGGGCAAGGCAUAUAAAAGCCCUUGGGUGAGAUGCUGUGGGGACUGGAGCAGAGAUGCAGGUCUUUUCCCCCUUGGGCCAAUGAUGGAACUCAGCUAGGUGAGUGGCACCUCUCCAAGGGUGGUUACUGCUCAGAGCCAUGGUCACAUACACUCAGCAAGGAAGUGACAUGAGCACUGUACACCUAGGUACUGGCUAUGUUGAUGGGUGCUGGUGCUUUCCAAAGCUCCUUGUUAGAGGGUAGAUUCAGACUAGACAUCAGGAGGCACUACUUCAGAGUCAGGGCGGCUAGGAUCUGGAACCAACUUCCAGGUGAAGUGGUGCUGGCUCCUACCUUGGUGGUCUUUAAGGGAAGGUUAGACGAACACCUUGCUGGGGUCGUUUGACCCCAGUACUUUUUCCUGUCAUGGCAGGGGGUCAGACUUGAUGAUUUGCUCAGGUCCCUUCCGACUCUACCAAUUAUGACACUAUGAAACUAUGGUUGAGAAGAUGGGGACUGUGGCUUUGGGGUCUCAAGGAUAGAAGAGGAGGUUGUGAGAAGGUUCCUCAGGGCCCGGGCAAAACAUGUGCAAGUUCCCUGUGGGGGAGCCCAAGAAAACCUCAUGCCCUUGCUCCUGCCCUGCCCCAGAAUGAGAUGGCUUUAUGGUCGCUGCUGUCCAUGACUGGAGAUAAUGAUUCUGUUGCAACCAAAUACCAAGACUUGUUUCCAGUCCUAACUGUCCUGAGCUGCAGUGUCAAAGUCACCGGGGAAAUUCCCUGGUAAUAAAACCUGCUUCCCUGGUGCUGUAACUGCACCGGGUGCACAAGCGCAGAGGCACAGAUAACAGUAGGGGCUGAAGUCCACUGCAGGUCAGGUCCUCAGGAGCAGGUUCCAGCCUUUCCCUCUGCUGCUCGGCCCCUCCUGCAGCUGUGUCAGCCUCUCAGCCCCACACCUUCACCUUCGCCUUCGCAGGGCCUGGCAGGCUAGGAGAUGCCUGGCAGCUUGUUUCUCUGGGUUCUGGUGCUCUCAGCUGGGCCUCACCGUCUCGGCCAGUCCAUCUUCAUCAACAGAUGCUCCAGCCCUGCCGAGAAGGUGUGUGACUUUGUGUGCGACUGCAGGGACUGCUCAGAUGAGAACCAGUGCGGGUACCACAAAGAAUCAGCCACACUGGGAACUCCCUUCACCUGUGACUUUGAAGAUGGCAACUGCGGCUGGCAGGAUGUGAGCACAUCAGCCUACAGGUGGGGCCGAAACCAUGCCAGCAUCUCCACAGGGAGGACAGGGCCCCACUCGGAUCACACCCGGAGCACCAAUUUGGGCUGGUACAUGGCAGCAGAGAUGAGCAGAGGGAAGUUGGCUGUCACCGCUAGGUUAAGGUCCCCUGUGAUGCGACAGGCAGCAUCCACCUGUGAGAUCCACGCAUGGUAUCACCUGUGGAGAGCAGGGUUCAACGGGACGGCCCUGCCUGCUCUGCAGAUGGAGCUGACUCAUGCAAACGAGACGGUGACGCUGUGGCAGAGCCCGGAGAGCAGUGUCUAUGCCUGGAGGAAGCUGGUUGCAUACCCAGGCCGGGUCCCAGGGGAGUUCCAGAUAACCUUCUCCUCAACACAGAGCUUCUUGCAGCUGAGAGACCUGGCUAUUGAUGACAUCGAGUUCAGGAACUGUGGCCUUCCACAACUCAUGAGCCAAGUGUGUGGGCCAGAGGAGCAGAAAUGCCAACGUGGGUCGUGUGUGGGGAAGGACCGAUUCUGUGAUGGGAGUGAUGACUGUGGAGAUGGCUCAGAUGAGUCUGUGCUAGAGUGCAAAUCCUUCAGGGUCUGCUCCUUUGAGGCAGACCUGUGUGGCUGGAAAACUGUGCCCGGUCUCCUGACCUGGAACAGGGACACCGGCCUAGAUGUAGUGACUUUGCAUGGCCAACCCACCCGGGACCACAGCAAGAACAGCAAGGCAGGCUAUUUCCUCCAUGUUAGUUACAACCAGACAGACCUGAUGAAAAACUUGGCCAGACUGACCAGUCCAGUCUUCCAGGCAACUGGGAACAGCUUCUGCUCUCUCACAUUCUAUUCCUACCUCUAUGGCUCAGCCACCAACAGCAUCAAUAUCUACUAUGUGGCCAAUGCUACCCAGACACUGGUGCGAGGCAGGACUGGGGACCUGGGCGAUUACUGGUUCAGGGAGAAAGUGGACUUCAACGUGGACAAGGACUUUGAGAUUGUCAUUGAAGGAGUAAUUGGAACAGGGAAGAAGGGGCACAUUGCCCUGGAUGAUCUAAUUCUGUCUCCAGACUGCAAACAGGCAGCAGGCAAGCAAGCUAUUGUUGUCCCUGAAACCAAUAGCUCCUGUAGCCCACCAGAGAACUUCGUCUGUGAUGAUGGGGAAUGCAUCAGCCAGGAGUUGGCCUGUGACUUUGCAGUGGCAUGUAAAAAUAGCUCUGAUGAGAAGUUCUGUGGAGACACUGACUUUGAGGCUGGGUCUGGGGGCUGGAGGGACGCCAGCGUGGGUCAGCUGCAAUGGGUGACCAUGAGAGCCAGCGAGGCCCUGAGCCCUGGCACAGACCAUACUACCAGUACCUCUGCAGGCAGCUACCUGGCAGUGCAGCGUGCUCCAGGCCAGAUGGUGACAGCGGCAAAGGCGCGCACGCCCCCGCUGGGCCCCUCCGGCCUGGCCUGCUCCCUCGAGAUGUUCUACUGGCUCCAGAGUGACCCCCAAGGAUUCAUUGCUGUCGGCACUGUGGAUCAUGCACUGCGCAUGCACCGGCUGGUCUGGUACAUGCAGGGCAAUGGCAGCAUGGAGUGGAAGAAAGUCACUGUUCCUCUUGGAAAGAGACCCAGACCCUUCCAGGUGGAGCUCAUUGGCUUGGUGAGUCCCCAAGGUCUUGCAGUACCAAGCGUGGCAAGUGUGGCUGUCGAUGACGUGAAGUUUGUGAACUGCGACCCUCAUGUUGUGCCCCAAGAGGCCAUAGAGCUGUCUUGCAACUUUGAAAAGGGCCUGUGUGGCUGGUACCAGGACCAGAAUGAUGACUUCGAAUGGGUGCGAGGCACUGGUCAGGGUCUGGGCUCUGACCACACCACGGGCCAUGGGUUUUUCAUGGCUAUGGAUCCUUCUGCCCAGGAGGCCCGAGGCCUCAGCGCCCGUCUCCUCACCUACCUCCUGGAUCCGGCUGCUGAAAUCCAGUGCUUCUUGUUCUGGUACCGCAUGGAUGGCCCCCAGAUUGGCACGUUGAACCUCAAGAUAAAGCAUGACGGGGAGGCAGAGACAGUGCUCUGGACCAGAACAGGAACACAGGGCAGUGCCUGGCACCUGGGAUCUGUAACGCUCCAUCACCAUCCCCAACAGAAAUACCAGCUGAUUUUCGAGGCUCUCCGUGAUGGAUACCUGGGGCACGUGGCCCUGGACGACCUCUCAGUGAAGCCUGGCACCUGCAGGGCGCAGGAGCACUGCUCGUUCGAAGCAAGUGCUUGUGGCUUCACUGCCAGCGGGGAGCAUUCAUGGGCAAGACAGAGCAAUGCCACCGGCACUGCAGUCACUGGCCCUUCCACCGACCACACCACGGGCACGGCCAGAGGGUACUAUAUGAUCAUCAAUACAAGCAAGAGCUCCCUGCCCCGUGCAGCCACCCUGGCCUCUGAGCUGUAUGUGCCCUUGACUCGUACCCAGUGCCUGACCUUCUGGUACCACCUGAGCACAGACUCAGGUUCCCUGAACAUCCACAUGGAGGAACAGGGUGCACGGAGGCGGCUGUUCAGUGUGAGCUCAAUGCAGGGGGAUGCCUGGCACUAUGGCAGCGUGGCUGUCCAAGCGGAUGGGGAAUGGAAGGUGAUAUUUGAGGCAGUGGGUGCUGGCAGGGAACAGUCCUACAUUGCACUAGAUGAUCUUCACCUGAAGGAUGGCAGCUGCCCGGAACCAGGUUCGUGUGACUUUGAGUUGGACACUUGUGGCUGGAGCAGCUCCUCUGACCCCCAUCUGCGUGGCUUUGCCUGGGGCUGGAAGAGCGGGGUCAGCCCCUCGAAGUACCCAGGCCCCCAGGAGGACCACACGUUGGGCACCAAGGAAGGGCACUACGCCUACUUUGAUGCCAGCGUGCUGGGCCCUGGGGGGAGCAGGGCCUUGCUGGUGAGUGAGCACCUGCCUGCUACCACAGGUGCCUGCCUCCAGUUUUGGUAUCACAUGGACUUCCUGGUGCAUUUCUACAGCGGAGAGCUCAGGGUGAAGCUGUACAGCCCGGCAGGGCAGCUAAUGGUGUGGAGCACUGGAGGGCACCAGGGCCAAGGCUGGAUGAACAGGACAAUCCCUCUGCAGAGCCCUGAGGAGUUCCAGAUUGUCUUUGAAGUGACUAAUGGAGCGUGGCCGAUCGGAGGGACCAUUGCCCUGGAUGAUGUCAAGUACAGGGAUGGACAGGGUUGCAAUUUGGACCGGAUGCUCCCAGUGGGAGACAAGACUCCUACCAAAGGCUUUUUAGCAGCAGUGGCAGUUGGCAGCAUCCUGGCCCUCAUAGUCUUAAUGGCAUUAGCAAUGAGUCUACGCUAUUGGCUGAAGAAGAGUGCGUCCUUGAGUAGGACAGAGAACAGCAUCACCAGCCCAGGCUUUGACAACAUCACUUUCAGCGAUGAUAGCAUCAUUAUAUCCCAACGGCAUAAGGAAGGGGAAGAGAUGAAUGACUAAGCCAACACUACCAGCUGCUUGCCUGGUCUAGCCUCAUACUCCUUUGAUUUCCAAGGCUGCUCUUGAACCUGAAGCAUUAUGCACACUGAAUCAAAUAGGAGCCACAUAUACUUGUCUCAGCUGCAGGGAAGUAGACAAGCACUGUAUUCUCCCCUGCCUUUUUGAACUCAGCUGCAGGGAAGUAGACAAGCACUGUAUUCUCCCCUGCCUUUUUGAACUGGGGAAGAACAUGACAACAAUGUUGUCCUGUAUAAAGUGAAUUUUCUGUAGCACAGUGAAGUAGUCUGCCAGUGUUAAUCAGUGUCUGUUACAGUAUUUGCUAAUGCGAAGAUCAAAAUUCCUCUAAACUAAAUCAGGACAUGCAUAAACAUCUUAUGUUUUUAUGGGUAGCUGCAUCCAUGCAGGUGUGAAUACAUGUUCAUUUCAUCUACACAGUUAUAAAGUGUUUGUUUUGGAGUAAGCUGGGGUAUUUGUGUAUCAAACUGAGUUCUUGUGCAAAGACACAGCAGGUAUUAUUUUCAUAAACCAGCUAAGACCACAUGGUCUAGAUGUAAUUGCCUCCAGAUGGAUAUACAGCUGGCUGAAAGACUGGCUUGACUAGUUAUCCUCUCCCAAAUUGGACACCUAGCCAUAGAUAGCUCAAUUGGAGUCUUACAGAAGUCCAACUCAUGUCUACUCUUAGCAAGCUGGAGAGUGGGUCACUAAAUUGUGAAGGACAGGACCAAAAUUCAAGUAGUGGAGAGAUGGUCUGAAAUAAGGUAAAAUUGAAUACAAGUGCAGUGCUGUACCUUGGGUAUAUGCUCUCCUCUUCCUAACAUCAAAGCAAGGAUAUCUGGCUAGCAGAAGCACACAGCUGAAGAGGAUCUAGAAGUUUAGUGGAUUGAAGUGCAACACAUUUCAAUUACUGUGCAAAUGGUCAAAUUCCAAAUCUAGGAGAUUAGGACAGUAGGGAGCCAACUUUUUUGGGAGUGGUGUGACAAAUUAGCCCCACACCCUCCCCAGAUACCACUUUGAUCCCAUGCCCAAUCUGCAAUGCAGCCUUCUACUCCCUCCCUGAUUUGCUGUUUUUUGCCCUAUCUGCCAUCUCUCUCUUCCCUGAUUGGCUGCAUACCAUGCACAGGGUGCCUGUGCCACUUGCGUCAAAGAUUGGCCACCCUUGGAUUUGGAGGAAAUUAUUUUGCUCUACUUGGCACCAAUGAUGCCUCAGCUGCAGUUCUGAAUCCACAAUUACACACCAUACCACUUGAAGAAAGAUGUAAUUAAAUGGGCAAGUCCAGAGCAGUAAGAACUCUGGUUACUUUUCUGAAGGCUCUUUAGUUGAAGGAAUGCCUUUUCAAGUCAUUCACAGAAAACACCUUUGAGAUGGGAACCUUAAUCUGCAACUCUGUGAGAAGCUUCCCAUGUAACCCUGGAUAAAUUGUAAGCCAUAAAAAGUACUUAGGCUCAGCAUCACCCUGCUUAAUCUGUAAAUUCUUAGCCCCAGGAGGGGAGUCCACAGCCCUAAGCAUGGAGCUUAAACUUCUUAGAGCCCAGUGCCUAGGAACUGGAUAAACAUGCAGCUCACCAAGUAGGUGUGGGGCACAAACUAGCCAACAGAAGGAAAAACUCCUACUGUACUCCGCAGCUUGAAAAGAGCUUACCCAAACCUUAUUCUGAGACUUAAGUGCCUAACCUAUUGCUUUUGAGGAUGGAAGACUGAAACCCACUCUUGUCUCUAGGUGCAUGCACACACACACACACACAAAGAUCUGCCAGUGCUCCAGCCACCAGGCUGAUGUGGGAGAUUUUAUUUCAAUACUCUUCAGCACAACAUUUCAACUUCAGAUUUCCUUAACCUCCAGAUUACAGGCUAGUCUAGGUAGGAUAGAUAUUGUCCACCUCCCUGUCAAGGCAUUUCUUUCUUUGCAGCAGAGUAAGACAACAAGAUGGAAUAUAACUCUAGAGUCCACCUAUUUUCCUGGUGAAGGCUCUAACGCAAGGCUUAACACCUAGUUCAGGGGGACUACCCAUGCAUUUUGCAUUCAACAGGGGCGACAGUAAGAGAUUCCAGUCUUUGCUCUGGGGUCUAGAACCUAGGACUCCCAUCUCACUGCUCUCAAGUCACUCUUUCACUGUGCUACACAGAGCUAGAAUCAGCACUGUGUCAGGGGACUCGAAUCAAGGCUGUUCAGAACAGAUCAU